AUGCCCAAAAAUGCCUACUGGCGACCGGGAACCAAGCUUCAUGUCAGAUUCCUUUCUGGCAGCGAGCAUGUGAAAAACAAAGUUAAAUAUUAUGCUCAGACAUGGGAGCACCACGCCAAUAUUGACUUUGUGUUCGAUGACUCGCCAAAGGCACAAAUUAGGGUCAGCUUUGUUGAGGGUGGAGGCUCAUGGUCCUAUCUCGGAGUACAAAAUCUCGAUAUUCCAUCUGACCAGGCAACAAUGAACUUUGGAUGGUUUGACGAUAAUACUCGCGAUGAUGAAUUCAGCAGGACAACCAUUCAUGAGUUUGGUCACGCUCUAGGAUGCAUUCACGAGCAUAUGAGCCCUUCAGCAUCCAUCCCGUGGGACAAAAAGAAGGUCUACAGAUAUUUCAUGGGACCCCCGAAUUCCUGGUCCAAGGAACAAGUUGACCAGAAUCUUUUCCGUCAAUAUGCGCCUUCAGAGGCCUAUUACACCAAAUUUGAUCCACUUUCCAUCAUGCUUUAUCGUAUCUCGAACGACCUAACGCUUGGAGACUAUGAAACUCCUAACAACACUGUACUAUCCGCCACAGAUAAAAUGUUCAUUCACUCAUUGUAUCCAGAACAAGCGCAUAGCCAGGCUCGAUUUACAACCCAGGAGUUCCGUCCCCCGUCGAAACCAAAACGCUUAAACGCAGUAAAUGUCAAUUUUGAGCCUGAGUACAAGGAAGCUCCAAGCAUUGCCGUUGGUCUGACUGAGCUGAAUCUAAGCAAAGACUUCAACGUGCGAGUAAAAGCAUACGCGGAUCGCAUCACAAAAAGUGGAUUCGUUGUCCACGCUGAUUCAUGGGCUGAUACUAUUCUUUUCUCCGCCGGGGCCGCCUGGUUUGAAGUUUCCAGCACCGACACCGAAUUCCAGACUGGUAGUUUCGACACACUGGAGCUUCAUCCGUGGAAUGAGGCCAAGCCACAAAAUAGAAAACGUGUGGUUUUUGAACGGUCCUUUGAUAAGCCUCCUAAAGUUGUGGUUUGGCUUCAAGGUUUCGAUAUGGAUAAGCGAAAGGACUGGAGAAUUGCAGUUCAUGCAUCGAAUAUAUCCAGUGAAGGAUUCGAUAUCCAUAUUGACACAUGGGGAGACAGCAUUCUGUAUAGCGCCUCCGCAUCAUGGAUUGCAUAUCCCGCGGACAAAGAGGGCAUAUUUAGCGGGGCGGUGGAUUCCAGUAUUCACCAAAAUUCAACGUCCUCCGGUCAGAGUAAAGGGGGAAGAGUGGACUUUCCAAAAGGAUUAUUCGACAGGAAGCAUAGAGUGUAUACGGCUAUCAAGUCAUUCAAUGUUAGUUGCAAACAUGAUUUGAGGCUUAAUACUCAAACAGAGAACGUCACGAAAGAUGGGUUCGAUUGGAAGAUUGAAGCAGGUGGAGACAGCACGCUAAAUGGCGCGGGCAUUUCGUAUGUGGUGAUUUAA